UGUAACUCUAGUAGGUACAAUUUGUUUUGAUUGGAAAUGAAGAUUUGUUUGCCGCGUUGAUUUUGCAAUCUUUUCUCAAUUCGAUCUACUUCAGCUAGAUAAUUUAAAAUGCUACCGCUGUCUCUACUAAAGACUGCCCAGAGUCAUCCGAUGUUGGUGGAGCUGAAAAAUGGCGAAACAUACAACGGACACCUGGUGAGCUGUGACACCUGGAUGAAUAUUAAUCUGCGGGAGGUCAUCUGCACUUCUAAGGAUGGUGAUAAGUUUUGGCGUAUGCCCGAAUGCUACAUCCGUGGCAGCACGAUCAAGUAUCUGCGCAUACCGGACGAAGUGAUCGACAUGGUGAAGGAGGACGUCCAGGCAAAGUCACGCAAUCGGACCGAAAUGAACAAAGGCGGAAGGAACCAGAAUCAGGGUCGUGGUGGUGGCGGCGGUGGUGGCGGUGGCGGUGGUGCCGGUGGAGGCGGCGGCGGCGGUGGUGGGCGAAAUAAUAUGAACGCCAACAACCGAAACACCUUCGGCGGCAAUCGCGGAGGCAACCGUGCCGGAUUGGGGAAUCCGAAUCGAAAUGCUCAGAAUAAGAAAUAAUAAAAAUGGAAUGGCUGACAGCGUGAAA